CACAGUCCAUUGGGUCUGCACAUUAAAUUAGGUUGAAAAUCUGUAUAUAAAACGAUCCUUUCUUCUCAAAACCCUAACUCCCGUCUCUCUGGUUUUGUGAGCUGCUACUCCAUCUUCAGAGGCAGAGAAGAAACAUGGGUGCCUACAAGUACGUUUCUGAGCUAUGGCGCAAGAAGCAGUCCGAUGUGAUGAGGUUUAUGAGCCGUGUGAGGUGCUGGGAGUACCGUCAGCAAUCUUCCAUUGUUCGUCUCACCAGGCCUACUCGUCCUGACAAGGCUCGCCGUUUGGGCUACAAGGCCAAACAGGGUUAUGUUGUUUACCGUAUUCGUGUCCGUAGAGGUGGUAGGAAGAGGCCAGUUCCCAAAGGUAUUGUUUAUGGUAAGCCAACCAACCAGGGAGUUACCCAAUUGAAGUUUCAGAGAAGCAAGAGGUCACUUGCUGAGGAGCGUGCUGGACGCAAGCUUGGCGGUCUCAGGGUUCUCAACUCCUACUGGGUCAAUGAGGAUUCAACCUUCAAAUAUUUUGAGGUCAUUUUGGUUGAUGUUGCACACACUGCUAUUAGAAAUGACCCAAGAAUCAACUGGCUCGUCAACCCUGUCCACAAGCAUAGGGAACUUCGUGGUCUCACUUCUGCAGGAAAAGAAAACAGAGGUUUGAGGGGCAAGGGACACCGCAACCACAAGAACCGUCCUUCCCGCAGAGCAACCUGGAAGAAGAACAAUACUGUUUCUCUUCGUCGUUACCGUUGAUUACUGCAACUAUUUUGUUUUGCUUCAUUCUCUGGAUUUUUCGAAUGCUUUAUAUUUUGUUGGGAUAUUUAAGUAUCAAGUUUUUGUAUUGUCUACUGCCUAGAAACUCAUUUUGUUUGUUAAAGAAGAGAGAUUUAUGAUAAUUUUCCCAUGUUUGAUUA